AUAUAUAAACCAAUCAGUAUCACACAAAAGGAAAAUAAAAGACAAGUCCCCAAAUAAAAAGAGACCAAAAUGACAUAACACAUAAUAAUAACACUGCGUUUUGAGAGAGAGACAAGAAACCAAAAGCUCAAGAGAGAGAAAGGUCAUCUGCCAAUUCCCUUCUCGCUACAUUUACGGACAUAAUGAGAGAAGAAGGUUGGAUUUGACGAAAACUACACUGCGUAAACACGUUUUCUUCAGAACAAGAAUCAAAAUUAAGGGAAAGAGAAGAGAGACGAAGAGAUUUCUCUCGGUGGUCUCCGUUUCAGAGAUCUCCGGUGGAUAUCCCAGCGCCAUCUCUAAUUUCCCGAUUAAAAGCCAUACGACGAAAGAGUUUUCAUCACCAAAAUUCAAAACACCAUCCAAAUUUAGAAACUUUCCUUUAAAUAAGUUUCCCUAUUUUUUUCAUUUGAUUGAUCGAACAAGAUGCAUCCUAAUCUAUUCACAACAAUGCGAACGUUGAAACUCAUCGAAGGAUGCAAAGCCACGGCUCUCAACCCUCCUCCGCCGCCACCUCCUCCCUCUACCACCGAAAGAGCCGGCGAAAAGCUGUUUCAGAAUCUCCAGGAUCACCUCCGAGUCAACUCGUUCCGUUCCAAAUCCAACCGGACUCAUCCUCCGAAAGACUCUCUCCUCCCUUACGGACUCCCCAACACAGACCUCCUCGAACCGCAGAUCGACCCUUCUCUAAAAUUCGUAGACUUGAUCGACAAGCUAGCCCAAGUCUACCGUAGCAUCGAGAACUGCUCGCAGUUCGAGAAAGCCGACGCCUUUCUAGAGCAAUGUGCAAUCUUCCGAGGCUUAUCGGAUCCGAAACUUUUCCGGCGGAGUCUCCGAUCAGCUAGGCAACACGCCGUUAACGUUCAUACCAAAGUUGUCUUAGCUUCUUGGCUACGUUACGAGAGGAGGGAAGAUGAGCUGAUCGGGACAACAUCGAUGGAUUGCUGCGGAAGAAACCUCGAAUGCCCUAAAGCGAGUCUAGUUUCCGGGUACGACCCGGAACGGGUGUACGAUCCAUGUAUCUGUUCCGGGUACAACGGUGACGUUGAUGUUGAAGAGUGUUCGACGUCAGAGGUAGAUUACGACAUGUCCUUCUGUAUAGGUGAUGAUGAAGUUCCUUGCGUGAGGCGCAAGAUAGCGUCUUUAUCAAUACCUUUUAAGGCUAUGCUAUACGCUGGCUUUAGAGAGACGAAGCGAAGCACUAUCAACUUCACGCGGAACGGAAUCUCUGUGGAAGGGAUGAGAGCUGCUGAGAUGUUUACUAGGGUUCGAAAAGUUGAGAUGUUUCCUCCCAAUGUUGUCUUGGAGCUACUCACAUUAGCGAACCAGUUCUGCUGCGACGAGUUGAAAGCAGCUUGUGACAUGUUUUUGGCUCGUCUUGUUAGUAACCUCGAUGAUGCCGUGUUGCUGAUUGAGUACGGUUUGGAAGAGGCUGCGUACCUUCUUGUGGCUGCUUGUCUUCAGGUUUUUCUAAGAGAGUUGCCUAACUCGAUUCAUAAUCCGAACGUUGUAAAGAUUCUCUGUAGCGCUGAGGGACGUGAAAGGCUAGCCUUGGUUGGACAUGCUUCGUUUACGUUGUACCUCUUCUUAAGCCAGAUUGCUAUGGAAGACGACAUGAAAUCAAACACAACGGUAAUGGUGUUAGAAUGUUUGGUCGAAUGCGCGGUGGAGACUUGGCAGAAACAGCUCGCUUGUCACCAGUUGGGCGUUGUGAUGCUUGAGAGGAAAGAAUAUAAAGACGCACAGAGAUGGUUUAACUCAGCUGCCAAAGCAGGUCAUGUUUACUCCCUUGUCGGUGUAGCCAGGUCUAAGUUUAAGCUUGGCCAUCGAUACUCGGCUUAUAAGACCAUGAGCUCGUUGAUAUCGGGUUGCUCAGCUACUGGAUGGAUGUACCAAGAGAGGUCUUUGUAUCGAAUCGGUGAAGAGAAGGUGCUUGAUAUAGACAUUGCCACGGAUUUGGACCCAACUUUGACUUUCCCUUACAAGUUCAGGGCAGUGUCAUUGGUCGAGGAGAGUCAGUUUGGUGCUGCGGUCGCGGAACUGAACAAGAUUCUGAGGUUUAAAGUCUCUCCUGACUGUUUAGAGAUGCGGGCGUGGAUUUCUAUAGCUAUGAAGAACUAUGAGGGUGCUUUGAAAGAUAUAAGAGCGCUUUUGACAUUGGAGCCUAACUUCUUGAUGUUUAACAAGCAAAUUCAUGGGGAUCAUAUGGUGGAACUCCUCCGGCCACUGGUCCAGCGACGGAACCAGGCUGAUUGCUGGAUGCAGCUAUAUGAUCGUUGGUCUUCUGUUGAUGAUAUUGGAUCUCUGGCUGUUGUUCAUCAUAUGCUGGCUAAUGAUCCAGGGAAGAGCCUUUUGCGUUUCAGACAGUCUCUUCUCCUCUUAAGGCUAAACUGUCAAAAGGCGGCAAUGCGUAGCCUUAGGCUGGCUCGGAACCAUUCAAAGUCAGAGCAUGAGAGACUUGUGUAUGAAGGAUGGAUAUUGUAUGACACAGGCCACCGUGAGGAAGCUCUGGCCAAGGCUGAGGAAUCUGUUUCCAUACAAAGAUCUUUCGAAGCUUAUUUCCUUAAAGCUUAUGCUCUUGCAGACUCCACGCUUGACCCUGAGUCCUCAAAGUAUGUCAUCCAGCUCCUUGAAGAAGCACUUAGAUGUCCAUCAGAUGGUCUUCGUAAGGGACAAGCUUUGAACAACUUGGGAAGUGUAUACGUUGACUGUGGUAAGCUGGAUCUUGCAGCUGAUUUCUACAAGAACGCACUAACCAUCAAGCACACACGAGCUCACCAAGGCCUAGCUCGUGUUUACCAUCUGAAAAGCCAAAGGAAAGAUGCGUAUAAUGAGAUGACAAAGUUGAUAGAGAAAGCUCAGAACAAUGCAUCGGCCUUUGAGAAGCGUUCAGAGUAUUGUGACCGAGAGGUGGCACAGAGAGACCUAGUGAUGGCGACACAGUUAGAUCCUCUGAGAACUUACCCAUACAGAUACAGAGCCGCAGUUCUUAUGGACGACCAUAAAGAAACUGAAGCCAUUGAAGAGUUGUCCAAAGCCAUAGCCUUUAAACCUGACCUCCAGCUUUUACAUCUCCGAGCAGCAUUCUUCGCUUCGAUGCGUGAAACUACAGACGCUAUCAGAGACUGUGAAGCAGCUCUGAGUCUUGAUCCAUGCCACAAAGAUACCAUCAACCUCUAUCACAAAGUACGUGAACCACAGGCAUAGGCAAACCCAUCUGCCAUCUUAUAUAUAUUCCUAUACUAUGGCGAGAGCUUCUUUCAUCUAAAACCACAUAUACUUGUAUGGCUAUGCCGUUUCAUAUCCAUUACGGAACAUUCCCAUGGGAAACUAGACCUGGUUCUUUUGUGAUCAAUAAGUUUUGAUAGAAAGAGCUGGGAACAAACCAAAAGGAGCAGCAACAUAGAAUGUAAAUAACUUCAUACUUUGGGUUUUGGGAUUGAUUCUGGUUUGAUGACUGGAUAAGGUUAAUAUAUGAUUAGUGCAGAAUGUGUUCUGCACAAAACAGAACACAAAAAAGAUUGUCAUGUCAUGUUUUGUUUUUAGAUAUCUCACUUCGUGUUGCUUCUUCUUUUCCUUCUUUCAUAUUUUUAAUGUGUAUGUAACUUCAUUCUUCUCAUGAUCGUUAUAUUGGUUCUCAGACGCCUGAGAUUUUUUCCCUUGCAAAACAAGAAACAUAGAAGUCGGUAAUCAAUCAUCACCAUAGAAAUUGUACACAUAAAACCCAUGUAAGAACCUUCCGUUUUGAGCACACAAAUUGGACAUUAAAUAAGCCCUAGAAAUAUGUAAGUAGUCGUUUCUUUGUAUUUUGAAAGUUGAAACAACAAUUCCAUAUUUUUAUACCUUUGUUUAAAGUAUGAAAAAUGUACCAUGGACUUUCAAACAACUAGAAAAUUGGGUUGUUCAAACAUUGUUGUUGUUCAUAACAAAACAUAAGCAAAAUAUUAGUAAACAUUAGCAAAAUAUAAGCAAAAUAUGAGUAAACGUUAGCAAAAUAUAAGAAAACAAUCUAAGUGGAAUGCAUGCCCCCACAUAUCGUAUAUGACAUUGGAUGCUAAUUAUACUAAAGCAGACAUUACAUUCACUUUCCCCAUGCACAAACAUGAAAUUUUCCCACAAAAUGUUUAAAACCUUUUGACUUGAAAUCAACUCAACACAUUUGAUACACAGACUUUCUUUCUUCAAACUAUUUGUUUUCAACUUAAUACCUACAUUACUUAGUCAUGUAGUUCCUUUUUCAGAAUUUUUGGCUAAAAUAUAUACGCAAAAAUAUUAAUUCAUUUAUUCAAAAAUACAUACAAGACAUUGUUUUGUUUACAUAAAAUUAAACUAAAUUACUACGACACGUUGGCAACUGUUUGCAUUCCUUGCAUUCCAACUACGUAAACAAUGCAAGUGGAAUGCAUGCCCACAUAGAGUAUUUGCCAAUCUAACAUUGGAGUCAAAUUCCUCUAAGCAAAUAAUACACUCACUUUCUCCAUGCACAAAUAUGAAAUUCUCCAUCGGUAUAGGAAUUAACAGUAUUUCUUGAUGUCCAUUCACAUCAUCAAUAACCCUUAACUCUAUAUCUCCAGUAUUCACAUUUGGUACUGGAGAUUCAGUACACCUAUUUAAUAAUCUAAUUAUACAGCAUAAUAGUAAACCUACACCUAUACCUAUCAACACUAUUCCUACCAGAAAGAUAUCGUUUCCAUCUGAAGAAUCACCAUCAUAGUUAGAAGACAUCUAUAAAAACGUAAGGAAAAAAAAUAUGUAUUAAAAAAAUCAAUGGGCACUACAAAAAAAAAAGUAUGUACUGCAUCACAAAAACGG